CCCGACCGUCCAUAUCUUGACAUCCCGCAGUGAUCCAAUCCCCGCAAAGCUAGAUCAUACCCAUGAGCUCCUGAAAGCCAGCCACUCUCUCUCUCUCUCUCUCUCUCUCUCUAUUUAAGACCAUUGCAUUUUCCUCCGAGCUUGUCAAGAAGGAAGCAAUGCAGAACAGCCCUUCCCACACAAAUGCACCCUACACCCUCCUGCCGGAGGACCCCUCCCCGGCGAGGCCUCCGGCGAGCUCCCGGAGACCUGUCAAGGUGUUUGCAGCGACCGCCGCUUCCGUCGUGUUCCUGACGUCGCUGGUCAUGCUUAUCGUUAACCAAAGCCCCGAGACACCCACCGAGAGCGACCACCCCCCUCGCUCCGACCCCUUGACCUCCAGAGCGACGACGUCGUUUUCGCGGGAUGCGGGGCGACUACCGACCGGAGUGUCCCAAGGGGUGUCCGCGAAAUCGUACCCCUCCGUUCGGGACCGGCUUUCGUACAACUGGACAAACGCAAUGUUCGCCUGGCAAAGAACAGCUUUCCAUUUUCAACCUGAAAAGAAUUGGAUGAAUGAUCCUGAUGGACCGCUGUACUACAUGGGGUGGUACCACCUGUUCUACCAAUACAACCCGGAUUCCGCAGUGUGGGGCAACAUCACGUGGGGGCACGCCGUAUCGAAGGACCUCAUCCACUGGCUCUACCUCCCUCUCGCCAUGGUCCCCGAUAGGUGGUUCGACGCGGGUGGGGUUUGGACUGGCUCGGCCACCCUACUCCCCGAUGGUCGUAUCGUGAUUCUGUACACUGGCGACACCGAUGAGUCUAUCCAGGUCCAAAACUUAGCCUACCCUGCCAAUCUAUCCGACCCGCUACUCAUUGAAUGGGUCAAAUACCCGGAUAACCCGGUCAUUGUCCCUCCGGCCGGAAUUAACCCUGAGGAGUUCCGCGACCCGACCACUGCCUGGAUGGGCCCUGACGGGACCUGGCGGAUCUUGGUCGGGUCCAAGGUCGAUGGCUCGGGCAUUGCUCUCAUCUACCAGACGAGCAAUUUCACCGCGUUUGAGGCCCAGCCGGGGUUGCUCCACGCCGUUAAUGGUACGGGAAUGUGGGAGUGCGUGGACUUUUACCCUGUCUCGACCAACUCGUCGAACGGGCUCGAAACAUCGGUUGUCGGGCCUGGCGUGAAGCACGUGCUGAAGGCGAGCUUGGACGAUUUGAAGAAGGAUUACUACGCGAUCGGGACGUACGACCCGGUUAGUGAUACUUGGACGCCCGAUGACCCGGAGGCCGACGUGGGCAUGGGGUUGCAGGUGGAUUAUGGGAGGUACUAUGCGUCCAAGACCUUCUUUGACCAGAACACAGGGAGGAGGAUUUUGUGGGGUUGGAUCAACGAAACCGACACUGACUAUGAUGAUUUGGCCAAAGGUUGGGCAUCUGUUCAGACAAUUCCGAGGGUCGUAACAUUUGACAACAAGACCGGAUCGAACAUCCUUGAAUGGCCUGUGGAAGAGGUGGAGAGCUUGAGACUGAACAGCACCGAGUUCGACGACAUUUUGGUUGAGGCCGGAUCGGCCGUGCUGCUCGACAUCGGCAUGGCUACGCAGCUCGACAUAAGCGUGGAGUUCGAAAUAGAGGGGAGCGAUGCACUGGAGGCGCUAGAAGAGCCGGAGGCCAUAAUCGAAUGCGCUACUGCUCAAAACCGGACGACUCUGGGCCCGUUCGGCCUUCUCGUUCUCGCCGACAAGUCGCUCUCCGAGCUCACCCCCAUUUACUUCCACAUAGCUAAAUCCACCAAUGGCAGCCUCACGACAUUGUUCUGUGCCGACGAGACAAGGUCAUCCAAGGCUUUGGAAGUUUUCAAGAAAGUCUACGGAGGACCCGUUGCGGUACUGGAUGAUGAGAAGUUUACUAUGAGACUCCUGGUCGACCAUUCGAUCAUUGAGAGCUUCGCCCAGGGAGGGAGGACCGUCAUAACGUCGCGGAUUUACCCGACGGAAGCGAUCUACGGUGCGGCGAAGCUGUUCUUGUUCAACAACGCGACCGGAGUGAACGUGACGGCCUCGCUCGAGAUAUGGCAAAUGAACUCUGCCUUCAUCCGCCCGUUCCCCUUGGAGGAAAUGUGAGGCGAUCCAGUCAAAGUCAACAUCAUUUUUGCUGGGCCUUUUCCAUGGGCCGAACGUGCGGGCCCGUGUGAAAUCUCGAUCCAAGUUUACAGGCCGUGAAGCCUAUUCUUUUUUGGUGGGUUACCUAUCAAUGUCUACUUAAUUAUUUUGUUCUUCGUUUUGCUAGAA